AUGGACGAUGAUAUUCUAAUCAAAUUUCGUCAAGUAACUGAAAUCUUUAAAGAAAAAUUCCAAUCAAAAGCAAUAGAACGGCACAAUGAAGAAUACCUUCAAAGCCUUUCUGAUCAAUUGCAUCAAUGGAAAUCAAAUAUAGAUGAACAAACAAGGCAAAUUGUUGAAGAAACAAUUUAUGAAAUACAACAACUCUAUGAUGACUAUUGUCAAGAAAGUGAUGACAAAUAUAAUAGUUUAAAGGAACAAAUAGAGAGACACAAUUCGUUAUCAAAUAUCGAUAAUCAAAUUGAAGAUUUUAAUAUUUAUUGUCAAUCGAAUACAGUUGAAAAGCGCAUACACCUAAACACACAUAAUUUUAACAAAGAAACGUUCGAUGAAAAAAUUCAACUAGAAAACAUUUCUUCUAAGGACAUACCACUGGAAAGAACAAUUGUCCCAUUGAAACAAGGCACUAGAGAACCACGAGUAUUCAUGCAUAGUAUCGAUACAUAUGCAUCAUCAGGAUCGUCAUCCCAAAGAAAACCAGUUAUUCAAACAUCAAUGGAAUCAACUGCUAGUCUCCACAGGUCGUCAGGACCAACACCUAUUAUAGUAUCCUUAAACAUAAGACCAUUUAUUCAAGAAUACACGAGACCAAGUCCAAGUCAAGAAUCCAUGUAUCCAGUUCACACAUCAUUAGGAACUUCACCAGAACGAAAUGAAUCAAUUCAUAGUACUCGCACAUCAUCAAAAUCAUCGGCUGCUACAAUAUCGUCUGAAAGAAAACCAAUCGUUCCAGAGCGAAAUGAAUCAAUGGAUAGUAUUCGCACAUUGUUAGAAUCAUUAUCACCGGAAAUAAGACUAACCGCCGAAGAAAAAGGAGAAUCACUAUAUAGUCUCCACACAUCGUCAGCAUCAUCACCUGAGAGAAAGCCUGCCGUUUCAGAACGAAAUGAAUCAAUUCAUAGUACUCACACAUCAUCAAAAUCAUCGGCUGUUAUAAUAUCGCCGGAAAGAAAACCAAUCGUUCCAGAACGAAAUGAAUCAAUGAGUAGUAUUCACACAUCGUUACAAUCAUUAUCACCGGAAAUAAGACUGGCCGCCGAAGGACAGGGAGAACCACUAUAUAGUCUCCACGCAUCGUCAGCAUCAUCACUCGAGAGAAAGCCUGCCGGUUCAGAACGAAAUGAAUCAAUUCAUAAUACUCACACAUCAUCAAAAUCAUCGGCUGAUACGAUAUCGCCUGAAAGAAAACCAAUCGUUCCAGAACGAAAUGAAUCAAUGGAUAGUAUUCACACAUCGUUAGAAUCAUCAUCACCGGAAAUAAAACCGACCGCCGAAGAAAAAGGAGAAUCACUAUAUAGUCUCCACAUAUCGUUAGGAUCAUCAACAGAAAAAGAACCGGUCACCGAAGGAAUAGAAAAAUCACUAUAUCCUGCCGACUUAUCAUCAGGAUCAUCAUCACUAGAAAGAAAGUCAGCCAUUGAAGAACCCGACGAAUCAAGGAAUAGUAUUCAUACAUCCUCGAAACCAUCAGUUAUGGUAAUAUCACUAGAAAUAAAACCAGUUGUUCCUGAACAAAGAGAAUCAAUUCAUAUCAUUCAAUCAUCACCAGAAUCAUCGCCUGAAAUAAUAGAAUCCCAAAGAAAAUCUUCAGAAGAGAACUCAAAGAUAUGGAUCAAGGAAGAUAACAAUGAGCCGAAAUCAUCGGGCAGUGGUCCCAAAAAAGAACUUUUUGUUUCUUCAAAGAGUUCUAAUAGUACAACACCCCCAAACGAAAUGCCACGACAAAGUACAAACAAAUUAUAUGUAGGUAGAUAUGAUACAUUUGUUCCCGUUCUUAUCCAUAAAAAUCGCGAAGUCUACAAUGAAAAAGAAAGAUUAACUGAAUAUUGUGUUAAUUCUAUAGCAAUAUCACAGGACAAAUUAGAUGAACAAAAACAAGAAAAACAAGUGACCAAUGAAUAUGUUGAGAAUGAUAAAGACAGUAGUAUAAAAUUAGUCCAUGCUUACAGAGUUCUUGUAGAAGAAGAAAAUGAUUUUCAUCCGUUACCAUCGGACGAUGAAGAAGACGAAGAAAAAGAAAAAUCAAUUGUUCAUCGUGGAUUUGAUUUACAGCGAUUCAAUCAAAUUCAUUAUUCAACAAUGGUAUUAAAACAAUGUGAAACAGCAAAUAAUUGCAUGUCAAGUUCAACAAAACAAAAUCAAUUAUUGGUUUAUAAUUCAAAAUUAAAUAUUUUAAUCAUUUUAAAACAUGAAGAAAAUAAAAUAUGUCGCGAUCAAUUAUUUCUACAAUGGCCAAAAGGUAUUAGUUCCAAGAUAUCGGAUAUCACCUACUGUGAAAAUAGUGAUCAAUUUUUAGUAUCAGUAUUAGAUACAAGUCAUAUAUAUAUUUUUAAUCCAAAUCUGUUGUGCAUACAUGAUUUGGGUAAAUUAUCAAAAGAUUUGCCACUACGACGUAUUCAUUGUUAUCAAAAAACAAUUUAUUGUAUAUUAGGAAAUAGUUUCGUUUUAGAAUUUGAAUUAAACGAACAAGUUUCAAAAUUGAAAUUCGUCCGACAAAUUAAAUUAUUCGCUCCAAAUAAUCGUUCAGAAGAUAAAGUUCAUGUUUUAUUAGAUGUUACUUGUGACAAUGAACAUUUAAUCAUUAUUUAUUCAAAUGAAAAGGAUGAGAUACAUUUACAAAUCAUUAAUCGACAAACAGGAAAAUUUCAUAAUGAUUUCAUUUUAGAUAGACCACAUCCGAUCAAUAAGGAUUAUAUACGAAUAGAAUCAACAAAUCAUCAAGGAAAUUUUAUUUAUCUUAAUGGUUCCCACAAAAAUUUAAAAUCGAUUAAUUUAUCAACUAAUAAUAAAGCACACGCUACAUCAAUUUUUCGUCGACAAAAAAAACCAACAAAUCUAAGUUUCCUGAAAGAUGGCCGACUAGUGAUUUUAUAUGAACAUCCAUAUCAUUUAUCAAUCCAUGAUUUGAGUAAUCAUUGA